ACCAUUUGGCUAGCUUUGAGGGGAGUGCUCUCUCCGGAUGUGACAACACGUUGACCCGGAAAAGGAGCUGGCCGGGACAGUGGGGCCUCAGCGGCGGCUAUGGAAGAAUCCGGCUACAGGGUGGUGUUUGAGAAGGGCGGUGUGUACCUACACACAAGCGCCAAGAAGCACCAGGACUCGGGUUCCCUCAUCGCGGGCGUCAUCCGUGUUGUGGAGAAGGACAAUGACGUCCUCCUGCACUGGGCCCCGGUGGAGGAGGCCGGAGAUUCCACGCAGAUCCUCUUCUCCAAGAAGGACUCCAGUGGGGCUGAGUCUGGUACCUCUGAGGAGGAACCCACCUUUGACCCAGGCUAUGAACCUGAUUGGGCCGUCAUCAGCACUGUGAGGCCACGGCCCCACCAUUCAGAGCCCAAGAAAGGUGCAGAGCCUAACUCUCCCCGGGGACCCUGGGCCUUCUCGGUCAGUCUGGGGGAGCUGAAGUCCAUCCGCCGCUCCAAGCCAGGCCUCAGCUGGGCCUACUUGGUCCUGGUGACCCAGGCCGGAGGCUCCCUGCCUGCGCUACACUUCCACCAUGGGGGCACCCGCGCCCUGCUCCGUGUCCUCAGCCGCUACCUGCUGUUGGCCAGCUCCCCACAGGACUCCCGCCUCUACCUUGUCUUCCCCCAUGACUCCUCCGCCCUCUCCAACUCCUUCCACCACCUGCAGCUCUUCGACCAGGACAGUUCAAAUGUGGUGUCUCGCUUCCUGCAGGACCCUUACUCCACGACCUUCAGCAGCUUCUCCCGGGUGACCAACUUCUUCCGGGGAGCCCUCCAGCCGCACCCCGAGGGGGCCUCCUCUCCUGACCUCCCACCUCCCGAUGAUGAAGCCGAGCCUGGAUUCGAGGUCAUCUCCUGUGUGGAGCUAGGGCCCCGGCCCACUGUGGAGCGGGCUUCUCCGGUCACAGAGGAGGAGUGGGCGCGCCACAUGAACCCCGACGGCUGCCUGCAGCACGUGCCUGAGUUGAAGAACCGGAUCUUCUCCGGGGGACUGAGCCCCAGCCUGCGGCGAGAGGCUUGGAAGUUCCUCUUGGGCUACUUCAGCUGGGAGGACUCAGCUGAGGAACACAAGGCCCAUGUGCGCAGGAAAACAGAUGAGUAUUUCCGAAUGAAGUUACAGUGGAAGUCGGUGAGUCCCGAGCAGGAACGGAGAAACUCGCUGCUGCACGGCUACCGCAGCCUUAUUGAGAGAGACGUGAGCCGCACGGACAGGACCAACAAAUUCUACGAGGGCCCCGAGAACCCAGGGCUGGGUCUGCUCAACGACAUCCUCCUCACCUACUGCAUGUACCACUUCGACCUCGGUUAUGUCCAGGGCAUGAGUGACCUCCUGUCCCCCAUCCUCUACGUCCUUCAGAAUGAGGUUGAUGCCUUCUGGUGUUUCUGUGGCUUCAUGGAGCUUGUGCAGGGGAACUUUGAGGAGAGCCAGGAGACCAUGAAGCGGCAGCUUGGCCAACUUCUGCUGCUCCUGAGGGUGCUGGACCAGCCACUCUGCGACUUCCUGGACUCACAGGACUCUGGCUCUCUCUGCUUCUGCUUCCGGUGGCUGCUCAUCUGGUUCAAGAGAGAGUUCCCUUUCCCCGACAUCCUGCGGCUGUGGGAGGUGCUGUGGACGGGACUUCCUGGCCCCAAUCUGCACCUACUGGUGGCUUGUGCCAUUCUGGACAUGGAACGGGACACCCUCAUGCUGUCUGGUUUUGGCUCCAAUGAAAUCCUUAAACACAUCAACGAGCUGACCAUGAAGCUGAGCGUGGAGGAUGUGCUGAAGCGGGCCGAAGCCCUGUACCGACAGCUCACCGCCUGCCCAGAGCUGCCUCACAACGUGCAAGAGGUCCUGGGCCUGGUGCCACCCUCUGAGCCCCACAGCCCUUCGCCCCCCGCCUCCCCGCUGCCUCUAUCACCUGGGCGAGCCCCGCAAGCCCCACCAGCUCCCGCAGAGGCAGCACCACAGCCGGACAGCAGCCUGGAGAUCCUGCCGGAGGAGGAGGACAGCACCAACGCCUAGAGGCCCAGCCGCUGGGGCCUGGACCCCGCCUGGGCAGGAUCUGCCAGGGCGGCGACUCCUGAUUGGCUGCUCUCAGUAAACUGACAUUUUUGCUCGGUUGGCCUCGUGUUGGGGGGCAAAGCAGCUGUGCAUUGACUUCCGCACGGUGGGGGAUGGCUUCCUGAGCCAGGUGUGACCACGUGACCGUGCCUGGCCAAUGAGGCACGAGAGGUGGGCCCUGCGGCGAGGGCGUGGCCCCGGAGGUGUGAAGACCGGAGCUCAGGCUGGGUAGCGCCCUGGAGAUUGUUGGUAGGGCAAGGCCCCCAGGACACUGGUGUGUGGAGGCCUGUUGAAUCCCACGGCCACCACUCGAGCCUGGCCUCCCAGCUACUGCUUAUGUGAAAAAAUAAACUCGUGUUUAACCUGCUUGCA